AAUGUCACCUGACGGAUUUGUUUAUCCUGAGAUAGAUUUUUUCGGUAAUCAUUGACUCGUCGGGUUCUUGCGCAAUCUGAUCUCAAAACGCUGCCCACGCAUCAUGUUGGAAUAAAUGCUGCAACCGAGGCGAAUGCAGAUUGUGCUACUCAGACGAACAGUGGCCCAUCGCAAACAUGCUCCUGUGGUGGAUUCUCGCAGCCUUUGCGGUUUACCUUUCAUUCCGCUUCCCUCGCCAUUGCCAGGACGUCAAAUACAUCGUGACACUUCUGCGGAUACGGCGCAAAGUCUUCCGCUACAUCCAGAGCAACUACACCAUCCUGGAGCACUUUUUGGAGACGGCGAAAAGGCAGCCGCACAAGCCACUGCUCCUCUUCAAAGACGAGACGUUCACGUACCAGGACGCCGACCGGCUCAGCAACCAGGCCGCCAGGGUGCUGCUGCAAAGCGGCCUGGUGAAGCAAGGCGACACGGUGGCUUUGUUCGUAGCCAACGAGCCCAUGUUCGCGUGGCUCUGGUUGGCUCUGUUCAAGCUCGGCUGUUCGGCGGCUCUCCUCAACUCCAACAUCAGGUCCAGGUCUCUGCUGCACUGCUUCGAGUGCAGCGGCGCCCAAGUCCUGCUGGUGGCCCAAGACUUGCAGGGCGCCGUGGAGGAGGUGCUACCAGAGCUUCUGGAGCAGCAGGCGACGGUGUUCUUCAUGGGGCGCACACGCACCAGUGCAGGCAUGCACAGCUUCACAGAAAAGAUGAGCCACGCGUCAUCUGAACCCAUCGCCCACGAUUUGAGAUCACAUACGAACAUGGGAAGUCCUGCUGUCUACGUGUAUACCUCAGGGACUACAGGUCUCCCUAAGGCAGCUGUGCUAACUCAUACCAAACUGUGGCACAUGACUAUGACUCUGCGCUCGUGCGGAUUGACCUCCUCCGACGUGCUAUAUAUCAGCCUCCCUCUCUAUCACACCUCGGGACUCGUUGGAUUCGCAGGAGCCAUUGAGCUAGGUAUCACAGUUGCCCUGAAGGAUAAGUUCUCUUCAUCUCAAUUCUGGGAUGACUGCAGGAAAUACAACGUGACUGUCGUACAGUACAUUGGCGAAAUAAUGCGUUUCGUCUGUAACACGCCAAAGAAACCCAACGACCGAAGUCACAAAGUAAGACUCGCAAUCGGCAACGGCAUCCGAGCCAACGUUUGGAGAGAUUUCUUAAGCCGCUUUGGAAACAUUCGAAUCCUGGAGCUUUACGGCGCAACGGAGGGGAACUUUGUUUUUCUGAAUUACUGCGGCAAGAUCGGAGCCGUGGGACGAGACAACUUCUUGCACAGAUGGCGUCAUCCCUUCGCACUGAUCAAGUAUGAUGCGGACCGGGGGGAACCUCUGAGGGAUUCAUCAGGUCUCUGCAUCCAGGUUCCCAAAGGCAAGCCUGGCCUACUGGUGUCGGAGAUAUCUGCGACGACGCCAUUCUUGGGCUACGCCAGAGAUCUGCAGCAGACUGAGAAGAAGAAGCUGCACGACGUCUUAAAGAAAGGAGACGUCUACUUCAACACCGGCGACUUGAUGCUCAUCGACAAAGACGGCUUCGUUUACUUUCAAGACCGCGUUGGCGACACUUUCAGGUGGAAGGGAGAGAAUGUGUCCACUAAUGAAGUGUCUGAUGUCAUCACUCAGGCUGAGUGCGUUUCCGAGGCCAGCGUGUACGGCGUGGAAGUGCCAGGCAAUGAGGGGAGAGUAGGCAUGGCGGCCAUCGCGCUAAAAGACGGACAUACGUUUGACUCCGCGGGCGUCUUCGAGCACCUCGAAAGCUUCCUGCCGAACUACGCCAGGCCGCGUUUUAUCAGGAUUCAGGUAUUCGGAUCAUCUGGUUUCCGAACGAGACGUCCUCGCAAACGUCACGCCGUGAUACUUUACUUGCAGAGCUCUUUGGCUGUCACGGGAACAUUCAAGCUCGUGAAGGCCAAACUGGUUCAGGAGGGCUUCAACCCUUCCGCCAUCAUGGAUCCUCUCUAUUUUCUGGAUGACAAGGAGAAGAAAUAUGUGCCACUUACAAUGGAUAUAGCGCAUGCGGUUAUAUCAGGCAAUAUCAAAAUCUAACUCGUUUGUUGCAUACUUGUUUCAUAAUUAGUACUUUGUUUGGUUUGUUUUUGCCGUGACUUUGUUUUGUAACACUAUGUCUCUCUUUGUGCUCUUAUACAAUAAUUAGUAACCAACAGUAAAUGCGAUAAACCAUGACUGUACGUUGCAAAUGUCCUGCCAGGUCAAAUAUUCAAAUAAUAAUAAUAAUAAUAAUAAAGGAAUUUGCUGCUAUUUCUAACACAAAUGACCAUCUACCAAUACAUGUCUUCUAUUUUGUAUCUGUGUUGGGAUGGCCUACAAACACUCAUGCACAUAGUUGUCACAUGUCAUGGUUUUCUGUUUUUGUUCAAUUUGCACGGUUAAGACAUCUUCCAUCAUAGAUUCGUUGUCAAUCAAAAGACAGCCGCGAACUGUUAAGGUGGAUGUUUUGGUGGAGGAAAAGGGUGUCAGGUCAAGUGCAGGGAAGCGGGAGUGCGGGAAACGCCAAAGAAAGGAUUUAUUACCCAAAAACAAGAAGGCAAAAAGCCACGUGGAAUUCUCAAAAAUACGUCAUUAAUAAAGUCUCAAGAGCAAACGCUUGAAAGGAACGCUCGGGAUAAGCUCACCACAACUUGGUAACUUUUCCAACAAUAGUGUAUCUAUCGUGAGGAUGCCCGUGGCUAUUCUCAUUCUCAGGCCAUCGGCAUCCAAUCGGUCCACUGUUGCCUCCUACCAGUCAGGGCGAAGCUAUUUUCCGUAUUCAAACUAAGGAGAACGGUGAUCCAGUAAGAGCGACGCUAAUGAACAUAUUGAACAAUAAGGAGAAGUCCAGCCGCUGCCCCGCUGCGUUUGGGACCGACUAGGACGUCUUGAAAAAGGGCAUUCUGGGCAUUUUCAACCCAAAUGAUCUCGCAAACCUGAUAAAAGGACAUCAAAGAUGGUUUUUAAAAAAUGGUGUGGCAUGGGAUCUUUCGUAUUUUUGUUGUUUUGUCGGCCGCUGUAACAUUAUGCGCCGUUUGGACGUCAACGCCGCACUUGAACAUAGGAGAAGCAAAUCUUCUUCGAGAUGGCGUGAGGAGCUCAGAGUCCUGCGCCUUAUGGUCUUG